CCACAUUGGAUUAAAGCGUCACUGUCCGGUACAGGGCAUCAAUCAUCCGAUGCGAGGGACUCGACGCCGGUGAAUAAACGAGUCACAUCUAACAAGAGUUUGGACGGCAUCUUUAUGGGAAAUGGGGGUACCAAUACAAGAAAAGAUUUGGACACGAAAAUCUGUAUUUUUCGUGUCGGGUUGACAUCUUCCUUAUCCAUAUUUGUUUGAAAUCUCCCGGUGCAAAUCACAGCAGUAGCACGCUAACGCGUUCCAUCGCACUACAUCUGUAGUUGUUGGUCGGUGACAAACUAGCUACCGUUAGUUAGCUGUAACCAGAAUAUGGAUAUUUUUGUAAAGACAAUAGAGGUGAUUGUGCUCGAACGUUUAGCUGAUUUUACGUUAUGACCUGCUAACGUUAGUCCUGUAUUGGAAAUCUGACCGCUAAAAACCCAUUCCUCUGUAGUCAGUGGUAUCAAGGUGACGGAUGGAAGUAGCUAAGCUAAAGCCACUGGACUUGUGAACCGGUGUAGAUAAACUAACUAUGGCUAAUGCUAUGUGCCGUGGAAUGUUGUACGCUAGCUAGCGACACAUUGAGUAACUAGCUAGCAGCUACCAUGAAUUAUAUUGUGUUAGCUAACCUCCGACAGAUGUUGGGUGUUAUGUCGGCAAUCAAAUGUAAUAUGUAAUGUAUACCACGGGCUUACACCAUGUAUGUGGUUGGCCUCGUCCUUGUCAACCCCUGUGGUUGACACAUGUAUCGGUUUUUAAAAGCAAACAGCGGGAUAAAAACGCUGUCACCGGGUAGUGGUGCUGAAAAGAAAGAACAUAUUUUCUGUCGCUAGCUCGCUACAGUACUGUAGCAAUGGGAGCUAGCUAGCUAUGUAGCUAGCAGCACAUUAUAGCUAGCUAACCCCCCCAGAUUUGAUCAAUGGUGUCUAAUAAAUUUUUAUUCGCAAUAAUUCUAUUAUAUGUGUAUAUAGGUGUACAGUCAUUAUUUUACUUUUUUGGCGGCGUCGUUUUAACUAUUUUGGUUGCUAUGGCAUUUUUAAAUGGACCCAGACUAUUAGACUGGGCGAAUUCACCUCCUCAUCUUCAAUUCAACAAAUACGUCCUGACUGGAUACCGACCAAUAUCUUCUGUCCAAGACUGUAUAAGAAGCCUUUUUUACAUGCACAACGAACUGGGAAACAUAUACACACAUGGUAUCCCUCUGCUCUGCUUCCUGUUCCUCAUCCCGCUCAACUUCCCCUGGUCCCAGAUCAGUGUGACAUGGCUGGGUGUGGUCCACUUCCUGGCCUGUCUGUCCCCCCAGCUGGGCUCUGUGCUCUACCACCUCUUCAUGAACCACGAGGGAGGAGAGCCUGUCUACCACACCCUUCUCACCCUCGACAUGUGUGGCAUCUGCAUGAUCAACACGCUGGGAGCGCUGCCCAUCGUCUACAGCACCUUGCUGUGCUACCCAUUCACCCGCACAGUGGCUCUGCUCGUCUACAUCCUGCUGUCCAGCUACGCUAUCUACUCGGCCAUCACGGCGCGGAGUAGCGUGCGGCGCCUGCGCUCCUUUGCCUGGCAGGCCCUGUUCCGCUUCUCCUUCUUCCUGCUGCGCUGGGUGGGCGUGGGCGGCGGCAGCCCCACCUCGCUGCAACACUUCCUCACCAUGGAUGCGCUGGCUGUACUGGGCGGGAUCAUCAACAUCUCGCGCAUCCCAGAGCGCUUCCGCCCGGGCCUCUUUGACUACUGGUGCAACAGCCACCAGAUCAUGCAUGUGCUGGUGGUGGGCUCCAUCCUCUACCUUCACUGGGGUGUGCUGGAUGACCUGCUCUGGAUCAACAGCCACCACUGUCCCUCAGACUGAGCCCCACCCUGCCUGGAGGGGGA